ACUGCCGCCCCCCCUGCUCUGCUCCCGGUGCAGGAGCGGGAAUCAAUCGGGCUGUUCUUACCCUUCUCCGCCUGCCCUCGGGUCAGGCCGCCAGCGGAGCCCCUGCUUGUCGUGCGGGGCGGUGGGUGAAGGCGCGUGCCCCGGGCCGGAGCUGCAGCGUGAGGGCGAGUGGCAGCUCGGCUGAGGCGCUUGGCCGGGGCUUUGAGGUGUGAGAAAAUGAGACGGAGAUGAAAGGGAGGGGCGGGAGAACGAGGAGCGUCACCCCCUCGACCACUUCGAGGUUCUCCCCUUUCAGAUAAGUCAACAGCCUCACCAUGUGUGGUAUCUGGGCCCUGUUUGGGAGUGAUGAGUGCCUUUCUGUCCAGUGUCUGAGUGCCAUGAAGAUAGCACACAGAGGUCCUGAUGCAUUUCGUUUUGAGAACGUCAAUGGAUUCACCAACUGUUGUUUUGGCUUCCACCGCCUUGCAGUUGUUGAUCAGUUGUAUGGCAUGCAGCCUAUCCGGGUGAAGAAAUUCCCCUAUCUGUGGCUCUGUUACAAUGGAGAAAUCUACAAUUUCAAGCAGCUGCAAAAGCAAUUUGGAUUUGAAUAUCAAACAUUAGUGGAUGGUGAAGUUAUUCUUCAUCUUUACAACAGAGGAGGAAUAGAACAAACAGCAUCCAUGCUAGAUGGUGUAUUUGCUUUCAUCCUUCUGGACACUGCAAACAGAAAAGUGUUUCUGGCAAGAGAUACCUAUGGAGUCAGACCACUGUUUAAGGUGCUGACUGAUGAUGGAUUUUUGGGUGUCUGUUCUGAGGCAAAAGGACUUAUCAACUUAAAGCAUUCAACAUCCUUAUGUUCUAAAGUGGAACCGUUUCUCCCGGGUCACUACGAAGUGUUGGAUUUAAAGCCCUCUGGGAAAGUUACAUCAGUGGAAUUAGUAAAAUUUCAUAGCUGUAAAGAUGAACCUCUGCAUGCUGCGUGUGAUACAGUGGAAAGUCUGCCUUCAGGCUUUGAUCUUGAAACAGUGAAAAGCAACAUCCGUAUCCUGUUUGAAAAUGCUGUUAGAAAACGUUUGAUGGCUCACAGAAGGAUUGGCUGUCUUUUGUCAGGGGGCUUAGAUUCCAGUCUCGUUGCAGCUGUUCUUCUGAAACUGAUGAAAGAAAUCAACAUCAAUUAUCCAUUACAAACCUUUGCCAUUGGAAUGGAAAACAGUCCCGACUUGCUGGCUGCCAGAAAGGUGGCAGCACACAUAGGCAGUGAACAUCAUGAAGUAAUAUUUAAUUGUGAAGAGGGAAUUCAGGCAAUAGAGGAGGUUAUCUUCUCCUUGGAAACCUAUGAUAUAACAACAAUAAGAGCAUCAAUUGGCAUGUAUCUUGUCUCGAAAUACAUACGGAAGAAAACAGACAGUGUGGUCAUUUUUUCAGGAGAAGGAUCAGAUGAGCUGACACAAGGAUAUAUAUAUUUCCAUAAGGCGCCAUCUCCUGAAGAAGCUGCAGAAGAGAGUGAGAGACUUCUGAAGGAGCUCUACCUGUUUGAUGUGCUUCGUGCAGACAGAACUACUGCAGCACAUGGUCUUGAACUGAGAGUCCCUUUUUUGGACCAUCGCUUUACUUCUUAUUAUUUAUCUCUACCAGCUGAACUGCGAAUCCCAAAGAAUGGAAUCGAAAAAUACCUUUUAAGACAGUCCUUUGAAGAUUCCAAUUUGCUUCCCAAAGAAAUACUCUGGAGACCCAAGGAAGCUUUCAGUGAUGGUAUAGCAUCAGUAAAGAAAUCCUGGUUUUCCAUUCUUCAGGACUAUAUUGAUCAACAGGUUGAUGACCUUCUGCUGGAAAAGGCAGCAGAGAAAUAUCCCUUCAAUCCUCCUAAAACAAAAGAAAGUUAUUACUACCGGCAGAUCUUUGAAAAGCACUACUCAGGAAGAAGCAGCUGGUUGCCCCACUACUGGAUGCCAAGAUGGGUGAAAGCUACUGAUCCUUCUGCUCGUACUUUGAAACAUUACAAGUCAGCAGCUCAGGAAUAGGCUGUUGAAAUAAUCUCCCAAAUAGAAGUGUUGCAAGUGAUUUGCUUGCACUCUGCUUUAAAAAAAAAAAA